AUGCCGCCGCGUAAUCCACCUACCGCUGCCCCUGGAGGUGGGCCUGGUAGUAGCAGCAAUAGCAGCACUAUGCGUAUUAGGUUGAGUGAGUACCGAGAGCGCGUUCUCGAUUCUCGCACUGGCCAGACCAUUGAUGUGGCUGCUGACACAUUUUUACUAAUGGACUAUUCUACUGGGCAGUGUGAAAAAAUCAAGUGCUAUCGCCAGGAGUCUCCUGAUGUCCUCAAUUUGCUGCCUGUUCAGACUACGCACUCAAACUGA